AUGGUCUCGACGAGGGGAGGUGCCUCCUCCAGCAGCCCAGCCAAAAAAGCGUCGCCAGCGCGCGCGCGGCGCAAGAGCUCGGAUAGCAGUCCCGCACCAGCGGCCAAGCCGCGCGGGCGAAGAAAGAGCAGCGCCGACGAGGCGCCGGCGCCGGCCGCGAAGCCGCGCGCGCGGCGCAAGUCGAGCGAGGCCGCGGAGCCGGCGCCUGCCGCGAAGCCGGCGCCUGCCGCGAAGCCGGCGCCGGCCGCGAAGCCGCGCGCGCGCCGCAAGUCGAGCGCCGAGGCGUCGCCGAAGCCGAAGCGCGCCGAGCCGCCGCGGGGCGACGUCCUCGACGAGUGGGAGCCCCUCUACUUCGACGCGGGCCAGCAGGAGCAAGAGGAGCCGGAGGAGGAGGAGGAGGCACCGCUCUUCGUCGUCGACGCCGCGCCCGCCGCCGCGAACGUUGUAAGGGUCGCGUACGACGGCGGCGAGGCGGAGCUGCCGGCGCCGGCCUACUUCGGGGCCCUGCGCGCGGCGACGGCCGCCGCGCGCCUCGACGCGCUCGAGCGGACGGCGCGCCGGGCCGAGCGCGCGCUGCGGGACGCGCCGGAUGAUGACGAGGCCGCGCGGCCGGCAGUAGCGGAGAGGACGGACGAUGCCACGGACGCGGCGCUCGCGCGGGCCUUCGCCGCCGCGCAGACAGGCCAGGGGCCAAAACGGAAGAAGCGCAAGACGCGCGCCGAGAAGCGCGCGCCGGCCAAGGACGCGGGGCCGGGGUGGUACGGUCUUCCCCCCGCGGACGCGACGGUCAGUGCGGACGACCGCGCGGCGCUGGCGUUGCGCGGCGUCGCGGACCCGAAGCGGCACUACAAGCGCCAGGACGCGCCGAGCGAGUUCGCCGCGCUCGGGACCGUCGUGGCGGGCAAGUUCGACGGUGCGUCCGGAACUUUAAAGAAACGAGAGCGGAAGACCGGGCUCAUGGGCGAGCUGCUCGCCGACGCCGGCGCGCGGUCCUACGCCAAAAGGCGCUUCACGGCUGUGCAGGAACGGCAGCGCGGGCCGGGGCUGUCGACGCUGAAGCAGAAGCGGAAGGCGCUCGCGCGGCGAAAAAAGGGGCGGUAA